ACGAGGAAGCUAGUUUCUUAAAAUAGAUUUUAUCAAUUUAUGUAAAAUAAUGGAUAAUCAAGAUGCCCCAAUAACAUUUGAGGAUAUUGGAAUAACGAAAACACCAAAGCUUGCUGAUACCCGUUUAGGCAAGAGACGAGUAUUCAAGGAUAUUAACAAGAAAGAGAUAGCAUUUUCUACUGUGGCAUGUGUAUCUUUAGUGGCAGCAUUUAUCUUAGCCAUCGUCAAAAUAGUUGAACUAGCAAAAGAUCAAAAUACUAAAGAUCCAGAUUUUACGUUUGCUUUAAUUGUCAUUAUAAAUACAAUAUUUUGUCUGUACUAUGUGUUGAAUGGUAUCCUUGCUGAGAGACCAUAUGAGAUUUUAGUUUUUGUCUUAGCUAACAUAAUAGUGUGGAUAUAUGUCAUUGCUAAUUAUGCCAUAAGUCCAGGAGAUAUCAAAUUGAUAAGGCUUGUACUAGCCUGUGUUUUAAGUCCAGUAUUGAUAGUCCUUGGGGUGCUGAUAGCUAAGCUGUAUAAUGAUUCAGGAAAACUUAUUUUUAGAACAGUUGGAGCAAAUACUGACCAGCAAACAAUGUGUAAAACAAUGUUUGCAUUUUUUGGACUCUUAAAAUUUGACCUACAAUUAGGGUUGAGUAUGGUGGUAUUGAUCCUAACAAAUGGAACAAAGACAGAUACACAAGACAUUGUUAUUUUAUCAAUUGGACCUGUUUAUACUGUUAUUUGUUUUUUACUUGGAUACCUCAGUGUGCGAUGGGAAAACAGAAAAUUGGCUAUAGCUUUUGGGAUUUCCUUGUUAACGCAACCAGGCUAUAUUUUAUACAAGAUUAUUCAGACUGGUGAGAAUAUAAAUGAUGGGAACUUAGCCUUGGCAGCUACCACAUUUACAUGUGCUGCACUUGCACUCAUUAUUCGUAUUGCUGUUGCGAUAUUUGCAGUAAGGACAUAUAUGAAUUUUGGUUAUGGAUUAUCAGAAAAAGUUUUUCCAAUGUCAAAACAUAGAUGUGUUACUGAUGGAUCAAAAGACAUUCAGGAUUCACCUACUAGACAUGCUGAAGAAGGAUUGAAAGAGGAUGACAGCUAA